AAAUAAAAUUCACCUAAACACUUGCCACACACAAACAGACACUCGUCAUGCUGCAACCAAAGGAGGAGAGUCUCGGAGAUGUGUCCCCACGCACGGACACUGCUUCGGAAGAUACACCCAGUGCGGUGUCCCUGAACUGUGCUGAGCAGAUAUCAGAUAGCAGCAGCAGCAGCAGCACAUCGCAUUAUUUGGUACAGGUAGAGCUAAGUCACAAACAGAUCAACAAACGUUUUGUGGAACUUCUAAACCUCUUCGAGGGCUACACAAAGAUCAUGGAUCACGGAGGAGCACAGAAGCAUCAGAGCGUGGUUUCCAAUCAACUGAAUCGUGUUCCCAGUCAUGAUCUCUGUGAACGGCUUUCGGCUGGCUCUGACUCGGAGCGCACCAUUCAGGCCGCCAGCUGCGAGGUGAGCAUUCAAACAUCCUGGACUCUUCUGGAACAACACAAGAGCGACUCCAAGGCACUGGAGGACAGAGUGGCCCCUGGGGAAAAACCCAGCCAGAUUCAGCAGCAUACGAUCCACAUCGAGGUGGAGUCGGUGACAUCGGCCACGGACAUGCAACGUGCACCACUGCAUCACCGCUUGUGGCAUAUCAUUCUAAAUGCCGUGGACUCUUUUAUCGGCUGCCUGUUCAUGUUGGGCGAAAAUUUCCCCUACGUUCUGUUCGUUUUGCUGUGCAUUUGGUGCCUCUAUCUGCUGUUGUCACACUACAGAAAGUUCCUAACCAACCACAUCAUUGCGGUUGAGCCACCCCGUUAAAUAUUUAAAUGAACAAUUCGCC